AUGGAGGGGACUGUAGCAGGAGUAAGAAUUGUUCCACCCGUAGUGGAAUUUUUCGAUGCUGAAACAGAUGUUGUGCAUCAAAUGACACUAACUGUACAGAACCUUAGCAAGUCUUCCAAAGUCAUCCGAUUUCAUGGUCCUGCUUCGAAAGUAAGUACCCUUUGUUACCUUAGUUUUAAAGGAGUUAUGGAUAGGUCCUAUAUGGUAGAAUAACUUGUGUAUAAAUAAGCUGAUGUGAUGCAGAAUUCUGCUUUAUCAGUUAAUAAAGUAGACGUAAACAGCAUUUUUGCAGAUUGUAUUUUUGGGUCACCUUGAUCUAUGAGGCCAGCUGGGUUGUGCAGAAAUUUAGCUGUAGAGCCUUUCACUACCACCUGAUUUACUUCUAGUCGACAGAUACUUAAUAAAACAAAAUAUUCGUUUUUUUAUUGCAUAGCAAUUGAGGUUUAAUAAUAAAAUCGUAAGAACAGAAUUUGCAGAAUGUUUAUAGGCUUAAUUAAGUCUUACGCUGAGUGUUAUUUUAUACGUGAUUGUAAGUAACUUAAAUGCACGUCGAUACUUGUACUAAGCUAACCCUCAAUGUUUUCGUAGCUGUAUCCUCACAGACGAUUUUUUCCACUAAAUAGAGGUUUGUCUUUCAUAAAUUUAUAUUGGAAGAAAAUUAAAAUAAAUUUUCAAGGGUUGUAUGUACUUGAGGUUGUGCCAGCUUGGUGUUAUUUUCCACCACCCACUGUACAUGUUGGGUCUGAUAUUAAACUUAAGGUUUUGCUGUAAUUGUUUAAAUUUGUCAGAAUACAUUACAAAUAUUAUGUUAAAUAUUAUUAUUAAUGGAGCCGAAACCAAUUGUGGAAUUGCACGCAUUUUAGGCAUCCUACUGAUGAACAGUUGGGACACGUAGAUAUAUUUUUUAGCGACUACUAUAAUUUGCAGUCUGUCUACUUUAAAUUAUUAUUUAGCCAGAUGAAUUUUAAUUUUUCUGCCUUUUUUUCUAGUGUUUCCGCUUAAAAGUGAAAAAUCCUGACCAUGCUAUAGCCCCAGGGUUAGAAGUGUCUGCAUUAGUUGAAUAUUACACCACAAGGGCUGAAAAUGCUCAAGAUAGAGUUAUACUUGUUGCCGACAAUGAUGUUGUGGAGAUUCCUCUAAUGGCGUAAGUAACUUGUGCUUUCUCUCGUUAUCUCUUGGUAUCUGACACACACAAGAGUCCAGGGUUAAUUUAUGCUGCACAAUUUACUGAGCUGAUAUUUCUUUCCUCACUCUAAGCAUGUGUAAUCAAAUGGUGACGAGUAAAAUUAGGGAAUAAUUUCAUGAGCGUUUUGUCCAAAUCCUUAUAAUUUCCCGAACCUUUAGGCAAGGGAAAUUAUUAGGAUUUGGACAAAAGACAAGUGAAAUUAUUCCCAAAUUUCACGAGUAUACCAUUUGAUUACCUAUUAACAUCAUAGGUGAAGAAUUACGUUAGCAAUCUUGGAUUUUUAGCAUGUUUAUCCUGGAUCGUAUCAAUCAAGAACUCCUGCACUCUCUCAAACGUUUAGAGCUUAAAUUUGGCUUAAGUUCAGAGUUUUUCGACAAAAUACCUGUUAUAAUUCUAUUUGAUGUGCUCUUUCGUGUGUUCAGGUUUUCUAAAGCGUCUUUUUGUGCCCUGACAUCUUCAUUCACUUCAUCGCCAUCUUGACACUGAGACGUACAGAAGGUUGCUACGGCAAUUUUGUAAUUUCACAUGUGAAAUUACAAAUUAACGCUGAAAUUUCGGGCCAAAAUUAAGGAGUAAUUCGUCACCUAUCAUAUUAUAGUAAUAAUUUGCUGAGAUGAAUGGUGGCCUAAUAUUAGCUUGGUUUUCAGAACAGGUGUCUUUGGUUCCACUGUGUUUUCUGUAAAAAUAUACCAAAAAAGUGGCAAUGAUAACAAACUAUACAUGUAUGUACAUGUAUGUUGGAGUUAAUGUUUUAUUUUAGUUAAUUUUUGUUUUCCUUUCUCUCAAUUUCAUUAGCAUACAUUUUGUUUUUCCUUUGUCCCAAAUUCAUUAGCAUACAUUAUCAUACCCAAAAACAAUGGAAAAAUAGAAAAAAAAAUUAUCUGCAACAUAUAUAUGUUAAAGGUCAAAAUUAAAUUUGGGUUAAAAAGUUCUUAAACUAGGUUGAUUCUCAAUUUCCUUUGUCUCCUAGCCCUAAUUAUUUACUAUCCAGGGGAUAAGUGUUAACCAUUGUGUUCUGCGCUGGACAGAAAUUGAUCCAGUUGAUAUGUAGUUCAUUUUUUAUCUCAGGUAAUUUUUAUUUUUCCUAUGUUUCAACUUCAUUAGUAUACAUGUACAGUACCAUAACCCAAAACAAAAGAAAAACAAAAAUGAGCUGAGAUAAAAAAAAUAACUACAACAGAUACAUGUACAAGUGUAGUGUUAUCCAUGGUCCAGGAAAUUUCAACAACAAGUUUAAUACCUUUGUUUCCUCUAAUAUCUGAAAGAAUAUAAAACUUCUUUAAGCGAGCUAGAGCUGUACUCACAAAGAUUUCAAGUUCCUUAAUGUUUGCAAUUGAUUAGUGUGGAAGUUCCUUUGUUUCCUAUGAAAGUAGGCGGGGGUUAAGCUUAAAGUAGCUGAAGGAAAUACCCAGCCCCUGGCAGCCCUGUUGUUCAGCAUCACUGCACUUUUCAAAAACAGGCAAACUCUGAAGUUCAAAAGCUGCCUUCACAAUAAUUAGGUUUUUCACUGCUGUCAAUCAUAAUUAUGAUCACAACUUAAUGAACCUUGAAACACAGAAACACACAAAACAGAUCAAAAUUCACUAAUCACAAAUCAGAAACCAUGACCUUUUGAACCCAUUGAAGUGAACUUCUGUUUCCCAAGACGGGCGCUGAGAUGAUUGAUGGCAGUGACAAGUGCAAACGUCAGUUGACUUUUGAACUUCAGAACUUGCAUGUUGAUGAAAGUGCAGGAAAGCGUGAAAAACAAAAAAAAUAAUGUGCGAUAUUUUCUUUUCCUCUUUGUCGUUAGAUACACCCCAUCACCUCAGUUAGAACUGAGUGGUCCUGCAGAUUUUGGUGUGACAGUAGCAGAUGGGAAAGUAUUAAGGCAGGAAAUUUUUGUCUUAAAUGAAGGAUCAUUGCCCGGAGAGUUU